AUGGUUUCUCGAAAUGGUUCGAUGAUGAAAGACAUAAACAACUGCAGCAGCUAGAAUUCGGGGAUAAAUUCCAUUUUGAACUAAAGAUCAGCGGUUGAAUCUUGACCUUGCGCGUGAAAGCUUGUAAUUAUUUUGUCUUUUUACUCCGGAACCAGUACCUCAGAAUGCAACCAUUGUUUAUUGAUGAAGAACAGCGACAGAAGACUAACAGGGGGUGGGUAAGAGCUACACACUGGAAGAUCGCUUGUUUGCUCACCAUGGCUGUCUUGCUGGUCCUGUUAUUGAUAUUUGUUACGCUGUAUGUAUCGGGACAAAGGCUAUGCGGGGCACAGAAAGAAAAGAUGGACUCAAUGUACAAAGCUUUUGAAGCAUUGUCCAAACGUCUCGACUCAUUGGACGUAAAUAUGGGAAGAAAACUGGAUUUAGUAAAUGCAUAUGUUAAGAACGCAUCUCAGAGGACAACUGCUUUGGAAAUACAAGAUAACCAGGACUCAAUCUUCAAAGCCAUUGAAGCUUUGUCCAAACGCCUCGACUCCCUGGGCACCAAUAUGGAAAGAAAACUGGAUUUAGUAAACGUGAAUGUUAUGAACAUGUCUGAAAGGACGACUACUUUGGAAAUUAAAGGAAGACUGGCUCUCAUUAACAAAACAAUCGAGGCGUGGUACACAAGUCCUCACUCGUUUAACAAAAGUGUCGUAAGGAAACUGGAUGUCGUGAUUAAGUCAAUCGAAGAGCUCUCUUUGCAAUUUAAGAACACGUCUGAAACGAUAAAGGCAUUGGCUAUGCCAGUUGCAGGAUACGCUCUACAAUUUCCGCAAAGAGGAACCAGUGAUUACGUCAUCGUCACACGUGGCAUGCCAAACCUGUCAGCUGUAACGGUUUGUCUGUGGAUGAAAACCGCUGAUACUAGAAAUGAAGGAACACUCCUGAGCUAUGCUGUAUCUGGAGCAACUAACGAGCUUCUCCUGACUGACUAUAGACGAUUUAGGAUCUACAUCAACGACCAUGGAGGGUUUGG